AUGGCCUCCUCGGCUGUCCACAAAUGCGCCCUUCGCAACCAGUCGUUGACAUGCCCGAUACCUCUUAUAGAGGCGGUUGGAUUAAAGGACUGCUUCGAAUGUACCGUCAGAGCUAGCCGACUCCUCCCGAAAGAGGCUGUAAUAGACGGUUACGUCGACAACGACCUCGACCACAACCAGAGUGACAUUUCCGAGAGCCAAUAA